UCCUAUCGCUGUUACGUGCGAGCAGAGCCGACCCCCACCCGGCCACAACCUCCCCUUCCAGCUCGGGCUAUGCCACGCGGCUCCCUUGGCGGCCAAUUGCAUCCCGCGAUCGUAUCGGGGCAGGGAGGAGAGGCGCGGGGAAGGGUCGGCGGGGAGGAGGAGGCCGCAGCCCGUUCUCGCGGGCCCCGCCCGGCGGGGUCAAUGCCGCGGCCGCUCUCCGAUGAGAUUUGUGCGGGGAUGUCGGAGACGCGGUGCCAUCGUGGGGACCGUCACCCUCUGCCUGGCGGCCGGCUGGGCUCUGCAGACUCCUGGAGGAGUGUCGUUAAUUGUCCCACAGCCCAACAUCAACGCAACGGUGGCACAGAAUGUCCUCCUCUCUGUUGAGUACUCCUGUAGAGGCAUUGCCACUGUGGAGUGGAAACAUGUGUCGAGCUGGGGCACCACCAAAAUUGUGGAGUGGAAAAGUGGGCAUUACAUCAACAUAUCCAGCGCCUAUAAGGACAGAGUGACUGCUUUUGAAAAUGGUUCUAUACAGCUUCUGAACGUGGGCAUGAGAGAUGCUGGCUACUAUUUUAUCACAGUCACAGAAGAGUAUGGAACCAACACCUAUGGCACCAUCAUACUCAAUGUUUAUGAGAUUAUCUAUGAAGAUUUACAUUUCGUAGUGGUUCUCUUUGUAUUUCUUGCUGCAAUAUCUGCCAUUUUGAUCUGCUUCAUGUGGCUGUGUAACAAAUCCCUCUACCUGUUCCAGAAGAAGACACAUAAGCUAACAGCAAGUACAACUGAAGAAAUUGAAUUGGAAACCAUUGAGUGUUAGCCAAGGACUGUCUCAUAACAAAAAUAACAACUCUACCUCAGGAGAAAGUAUUGGCAAGAAAAGCAAGAAGGAACCUAAAAGCCCCACAGGCUGAAUCAUCCUUUGUUGCACAGGCAGCGCAGCAACGACUCAAAGCCCCCACGAGGAGACUGAGAGAUGAUCAGCAUGGAGUCAGGGCUGCCAUGAGCAGCUCCAUU